ACGUGAGCGAGGGCGGAAGUCAAAUCCCGGGAUAACAGGAAAAUGAAGAAGAGGGGAUUAUGAUUGUACAUGACAUGGAGUGAAACAGUACAUUAACAAUGUGGACUUUACGACAAGUUUUACUUUUGGUUAUAUUUUGUGGGUGCCUCCCGUGUGGUUACAGCGAAACAACAGAAGGUAAAAACUCCACAGUUUCUAUUACAACCGCUAUGUCAAACUCCACAGUUCCUACCCAUAUGUCAAACUCCACAGUUCCUAUGACAACUGAAUCAGAGAGUGACGAACAAACAACAGACGUUUCUAUGACAACAACACAAACAAAUUCAACGAAUAUCACUACUGUAUCACCCACCACAAUGAAAAUAACUACCAUGGAAACUACCAUGACAACGAUGAUGGAAACGACAACGAUGUAUGUUUCUACCACUCCACUUCUGCCAAUUGUUCUAACUAAUUGCUCCAGUAACGCUAACUGUACAUUCCCGAAUUCUGUGUGCAAUACAUCCGAUGGGGUUUGCCAAUGCAAUUCAAGUUUUGUUCUUGUUGGAGAAAAAUUAUGCCAGUCAGUAAAUGAUUUUAAGGCCAACAUAAGUGUUGAGAAUGUUACAGAAACGUCAAUAUUAAUAUCAUGGAAUACGAAAAGCAUUCCGGGUGUUGAAGUGUAUUUUACCAUUACAUUUAACGAUACAAUGGUCAGUAACAUAAGUACUCCUCACUUAAUCGGGAAAUUGACAGAUGGAGAGGUGCAUUCUAUUCAAAUCACAUCAAAUGUAACAGGGAGAGACAUGAGAAUGGAGUCUGUAAUUUCAAAAGUAGAAUAUGUUAGAACAGUUCCUAUGCAACCAGACAUUAUUGAUGAUUCGCCAUACAGCGCACCGAAUGUGACGAUUAGGUGGAGUCCAAGAAAUAUCGAUUUCAGAGUGUUUUAUAUAUAUCUCAUGGGCCCUGAAACUCCUAUUGUUAUCUCCACAAUGGAAAAAAAUACAACAUUCACUGAUUUAAAGCCUGGUACCAACUACCACUUUAAAAUUCUUCAAGAAACUUUUGGUCCAUUUGAAAGGAACAGUUCAGUUUUGAUUAAAACUUUUCGAACAAAUUCUACAGUACCGAAUUCACCACUAUAUGUUGGUGCCACAGCUGGACAACGUAAUAUAACAGUAAAUAUCACUGACACUGAUAUGCCUAAUGGAGAUAUCGUCCAGUAUAUCUUCAAACUUACUUACAAAGUCUAUAACGACGAGGCAGUUCGACAGGACUUGACCAUUCUGAAGAAGCGCGAGUCAGGCAUAUAUAUACUAAAUUCACAGAAUGCAAACAUUGUUCCAGGUGUCGAGUACAACAUAUCUGUUUUCACAGUAAAUGACCGUUUUAACAGUUCUUACAGUACCGAUGUCACCGGAAUAGAAACUCUUCCUGGCGUGCCAGGAAAAGUUAAUGACUUACAACCUGCAGUAUAUAACCAGACCACAACUAGCAGUUUUAUUCGCUGGGGUAGACCACUCAUGCCAAAUGGAGACAUGGUUGCAUAUAGAGCUGUACUUAAAGAGGGUCCCGAUAUAACACAAUGUCGGAUAUACUAUUUCUGUGUUGACAUAUGUAAUAAUACACUUCUAGGUUCUCCAAAUAACACUUGUCGUAUACAAAACGACACUAGUCUUGAGGUAAACCAAAGAGAAAUGUCCUUAGAGGUAAUGAAUCUCAGGCUUGGAACCACAUACACAAUCAUUGUGAUAGGAUAUACAACAGUCGGCCCCGGGGAAGAUCCAGUUGAAAUAACUGUGAAAACUCUGAGUAAAGUACCGGAAGUUGUAGAUGAUCGUUCCAUUGUUGUCAGUUACCCUUAUGAUAACAGCGUAUUUAAUAUUACCUGGAGUCCUCCAGAAUUCCCUGGAGAAGACUUGGAGUAUUCUGUAGUACUUAGAGAUGAAAUUAAAGGUCUAACACUAGAGCAGAAGUCAAACCUCAAAGUUCCAUAUUAUCAGCCGGAAUAUGCGAUUAGGAAUCAACUUUACCAUAACUACAACUACAGUGUCACAAUUACACCAAAAACUUCAGCGGGAGAGUCAAAACGCGGUUCAUCACUUUCCUUCCUAACUCCUCCACGUGGACAACUUGGUAGACCGCAGAAUCUUAAAAUAAAGAUUUUGCGUUGUGACAGUGUUCAGAUUGCUUGGCAAGAAGCUAAUGUAGAGGCCCGAAAUGGCCCAAUAACUGGAUAUGAAUUUGAAAAUUCUUUGGGCGGAGAAAAAUGGCAGUUCACGGUGCCUAACCCAAAUUUUUGGUCCAGAUCCAACAGAGAGUAUUCAUUUUUGUUGACAGUACGGGAAAAAUCUCGGUAUUCUAUAACGAUAUAUGCUGUGAGCGACCGUGAGGAUCAAGAAGGUAUAAGAUAUUCAUCACAGGCAUUCAGUACAGAGGAAUGUCCUGCGGAUAAUGGACCUGUGAUAGCAGUGAUCGUCAUAGCAUUUCUUAUAUUGCUAGGCAUCUGUCUAGUGGUUAUUAUCUACGUGUAUAGGAAGAAAGUCCGUGAAAUAGAGGAUGUUUAUGUUCAUCCAAGAGGACAGUCGAUUCCCGUGCUCAAUGAUCCUGAUAUUCCGGAGGAGGAUAUUCCCUUAGACAGGCCUUUUAUUUUAAAUGACGUCCAAAAGAUUUUUGAAGAAAAAUCAGCAGACUCAAACAGGCUCUUCCUAUUGGAAUAUGACGACAUUAAGAAACUUAGCCAGAUUGAAGGUAAAAAACGAACAACAAAUCACGCCAAUCUAGACGGCAACAAGGCCAAGAACAGAUAUGUCAACAUCCUAGCCUAUGACCACAGCCGUGUGAAGCUUCAUCUGAUUGACGAUGACCCAUGCAGUGAUUAUAUCAAUGCAAAUUUUAUUGUGGGUUAUACCUACGAAAGAGAGUAUAUCGCCAGUCAGGGUCCACUUCCUGGGACGGUCAAUGACUUUUGGAGAAUGGCCUGGGAACAAAGUGCUACAGUUAUCGUCAUGCUUACUAAGUGCAAGGAAGGCAAUACAGACAAAUGUGAGCACUACUGGCCAGAUACAAUAAAUGAACCUAAACAAUAUGGCGACAUCGUAGUUAACCUCAUAUCAGUGUCAAAUAUGGACAAAUUUGACAUUAACAUAUUCCAAGUAUCACAGGGUGAUUACACUCGUACCAUAAAGCAUUUCCAUUUCCUGGAGUGGCCCGAUUUUUCUGCCGCCGUUGAUUCAACUGUAGUUAUUGACUUUAUACAAACCGUUAGAACUCACAUUACACCAGAGGUUAAAGGUCCCAUUUUGAUCCACUGCAGCGCGGGCGUUGGGCGCACGGGGACGUAUAUUAGCAUAGACUAUCUAUUACAGUAUGUACGGGAUCACGAUCUCAGUCAAUCUGUUGAUAUUUUUGCCUGGGUUGUACAGAUGCGCAAAAACAGAGUAUCAAUGGUUCAAGUAGAUAAACAAUACAUAUUUAUACAUCGAGCCCUAGUGGAGCUGGUAGAGAGAAAAAGAAAUGGUCUUCUACAGAGUAAUGAUGAAUCCAUCCUUACUAAUGAAAUUGUAUACGAGAACACUGCAUUCCAGAGUGAUGAAGAUGAUGAAGACGAGGAAGAAGAAGAGGAGGAGGAAGAAGAGCCAGAUCAAUUUUAUGAAAACUCCAUUACAAAAAUCAGUGAUCAACAACUCACGGAACUUUAGGAAUCACGUGACUGGAAGUUAAAAUGCAAUGUGCUGACAUAAAUGUAGAGGUCCCCCAAAGUUAUGAGACAAACAUAGAAUUAUUUUGUUGAUUAUAUGUUUUAGUCUGUAUGUUGUUUUAAAUAGAAAAAUUGAUAGCAAUAGGCCCCCUUCCCUAUUUUUGUAACGAAUUCUAUUAAACCUCCAAUUUGUAGGAAAGUACUUUUCUCCUUGGAAAGAAAUAUUGCUCAUUGUAACACUUAUGCAAUACGUACUGUAUAUAUUUAUUGAUGGAUAUACUAUUUAAAGCAACAAAUUUGAAAUUUGGCUGUUUUUUUCCUUUUUAUUAAUCUCAUCAAUUUUCUAGUCAUCAGAGAAUGUAUUCAUAGCUUUUCAAGCAUUUAAAAAUGUCAUAUAAUGCGAAUAUGCAGUACUAUUAAUGCUAAAUUAUGUGUUUUAUAUGUCAUUAGAUAUAUCUUUUUCAUUUUGAAAUUCUUUAGGUAUAAACUUGUGAAUUUCUAGUUUUUCACCAAGAACUUGACAAUAGAGAUGGAUUUUUAAACACAAAGUUUAUGAAAUUCAUAUAUAUUUUUUAGUUAAACAUUAUUACACGUGGAAUUUAGAACUAUUUAUUUUUUAUGUUAUCUAUAAGAUCUAAUGCCUUCUUUAUCGAAGAAACAGCAAAAUAAUCUGUGAAAUUUGGAAGAUGGAGCUUCUUCUUCAUUCUAGAAUGUGUCAGUGGACCUGUUUAAUUUCAGAUGGUAAAUUUACAAUAUUAUUUUUCAAUCGUUACACAUUGCUGUAACAAAUCUGGCUUUCACGUUUUUAACUUUAAGGAGGUAAGUAGGUAGUGUGUUAUUAUAUCAUUAUUGGGAUGGUUAUCAUGUCUCCUCCAGACAUUCUACAAUAUCACAUCUAGAUUACUGGUUUCGAGACAUUGAAUUGGCGCAGCCAUGUUUGAAUAAGAGAAGUUAGUCAAAUAGUAUUAUAAAGAUUAAAGUGGACACGACAAAAGAUAUGUUCCAGUACAAACAGUUUAAUUAAUUUUACGUUUAUUAGUUGUUCUGUAUGUCCUUGUAUAAUUACUUGCAUAGGUCAUAUAGUUUUUAAUGAUGGUAAUUCCCAUCAUUGGGUUUUUAUCCAAAGGUCCCAGUUCCCUAACCACAGAAACUAGCUUUUUUAAUUUCGUCAAUGUUUUGGGUCUCUUAUGGGUUAAAUGUUUAAUGUGUAUUUAAGAUAUUCCAUUAUAUACUUGCUGCCUGUCCAUUAAGAGUUCCUCUAAAUAAGAACAGUUAACUAUGCACUGGUGCUAUUUAAUGUGUCAUUAUAUGACUCAGUGUCAAGUUUGUGUGUGAUUGUGUAUCGUUUUUCCAUUUGGUUCAAUAUUGAAAUAUUUAAAAAAAACAUGACAAAGGUAGUUAUAUGUGCUGAAGUUAUGGAUAAUAAUUAUAGUCUUCUCUACUUCUUUUGACUUUCAAAACUAUCUAGUCAGCUGAUUGAAAGGUGCGAGUGCAAAGUAUGCAACUGCUACUGAUGUGCAAUGGAUAUUUCAUGUUGACAGUUACAAUGUUUUGUAUUAAUAUAUUUUUUUAUGUGUUUUUCUUAUAUUUUUUGUAUGAGAUGCUUUUUUCUAACAUCACUGUUCUCAUUUCCUAAUAAAACUUAACAUUUUAUACAUCAGUUC